AUGCUAACUUUACCUACGUAUGGAAUCAUAUAUCCGUUAUUAAAAACAAAUAUAAUGUACAAUUCAGCAAAUAAUAAUGGACGAACACCAAAUAUACCAUUGGAAUGCCAAAGUGAAUAUGAUAAUAAAAAAUGAAUACUCCAUUCUGAACUAAAAAUCAUUAAACCGUCAUCGCCAUCUAGAAGUAAAUAAAAAAUUGCCGUAGCAUUUCCAUUUCUUCAGAAUAAAUUUUACAAAUUCCAAUUGUUUCUUCUUUUGCUCUCUCUUUCAUUCGGCCA